AUGGGACACCACUGCUGCAGUAAACAGAAAGUUAAAAGAGGUCUUUGGUCCCCUGAAGAAGAUGAGAAACUCAUCAGAUGCAUAGCUACUCAUGGUCAUGGUUGCUGGAGUUCUGUUCCCAAACUUGCAGGGCUUGAGAGGUGUGGAAAGAGUUGUAGGUUAAGAUGGAUUAAUUACUUGAGACCAGACCUAAAAAGAGGUUCAUUUUCUGCUCAAGAAGAAAGAAUCAUCAUUGAUGUCCAUAGAAUUUUGGGAAACAGAUGGGCUCAAAUAGCGAAACAUCUACCAGGAAGAACAGACAAUGAAGUGAAAAAUUUCUGGAAUUCAUGCAUUAAGAAAAAACUAGUGGCUCAAGGAAUAGAUCCAAAAACUCAUAAUCUUAGCUCUUCUUCUACUUCUGGUUCCUCUUCUUCUUACAACAAUGCAUGCAACAAUAUCAAUAACCAUCAUAUAUAUUCACAGCAACCUACUUCAUCAAUUUAUCAUUCUCAUCAAUAUCAUCAUCAGUUAAAUUCACCACAGAAAAUAAUGGUGAUGGUCAGAGACUACCCAUCAAUGGAUAUGAUGAAGAACACUCAAGAAAUACCUGCCACUUUUAAUGUAACGUCGGCUUCACCCGUACAACAACCUCGUCCUUAUCGCCCUCUGUAUGAUCUUGUUUCCAUCCCUUCAACCAACUUGAACUACUGCCAAAAUAAUAAUAACCUUACGAAUAGUAACAUUAAUUAUCUUUCUGUUAAUGGUUCUACCAAUUUAGAGAGUUGCGUUUCGUUAGUGGAUACUGGUAAUAUUAGUCAUAAACCCAUCUCCUAUUCUUCGUUGGUACAUCCAUCGUCGGAUACUGGGUUUGAACAGUUUUCAUCUUUGGAAGAGCAUUGCAUGUGGGCUAGUGGCGGUAAGGGUGAAUCCUUUGAAGAAGCAGCAGUAGCAUUGCAGCCAACACAACAGCUACCGGAUUGUGAAGAACGAUAUAAACAAAAUUAUCAAAAACAACGACAAGAGCAAGAGAAUGUUAACGUGUUUACGCUUGAGGAAAAUCCGUUCGAAUUCGACGAAUCCGAUGAAGUAACCGUAAAGGAUAUUAGCGCAGGCGACACCGACAAAAGGGAUCAGAUUAAUUCAUUAUCAUCACUUAGUAAUACUAACUUCUCAAAUUUUGAUUUUGAGUUCAUAGACUCUACAAUUAUGUCUUGUGGCAUAUAUAGCAAUAUGAGCUCAUCCAUAGAUGAUCAACUUAUAACAUGGGAUUGCUAA